UCGCGCUCGCGCCUCUCUGUGUGUGAGCCCGACCUCGUGAACGCGCCUCCCAAACAGCCUCGAUGAAGUUUGCGCGAACAUGGCGGACUUCCUGCCGUCCCGAUCGGUCUUAAAAGUUUGUCUACCCGUGUGCCUGCUCAACAGCGGCGAGGUGGAGCAGAUCCGCAAGUCCAAGGCCAUCGACCGAUGCCUGUCCCGGGAGAAAACGUACGUGAAGCGGCUGGUGAAGAUCCUGCUGCUCGGCGCGGGCGAGAGCGGCAAGUCCACCUUCCUCAAGCAAAUGCGCAUCAUUCACGGGGAAGAUUUCGACCAAAACGCCCGAGAGGAGUUCAGAGGGACGAUAUUCAGCAACGUGAUUAAAGGUGUCCGUGUGCUGGUGGACGCCCGGGAGAAGCUGCACAUUCCGUGGGGAGACUUGAGUAACCAGAAACACGGCCAGCUCCUGAUGUCGUUCGAUACGCGCUCGGCUAAAGUCGCCAGCGGGCAGCUCGAGGGCGGCAUCUUCCUGCAGUACCUGCCCUCCAUCAGAGCGCUGUGGGCCGACCCGGGCAUCCAGCACGCCUACGACCGCCGCAGGGAGUUUCAGCUGGGCGAGUCGGUGAAAUAUUUCUUGGAUAAUCUGGAUAAGCUGGGAGAGCCGAACUACCUUCCGAGCCAGCAGGACAUCUUGUUGGCACGUAAACCCACCAAAGGCAUUCACGAGUACGACUUCGAGAUCAAGAACGUGCCUUUCAAAAUGGUGGACGUGGGGGGUCAAAGGUCGGAGCGGCGGCGCUGGUUUGAAUGUUUCGACUCUGUCACUUCCAUCUUGUUUUUGGUCUCCUCCUCCGAAUAUGACCAGGUGUUGAUGGAGGACCGUCAGACCAACCGCCUUCGAGAAUCGCUGAACAUUUUCGAGACGAUCGUCAACAACCGCGUCUUUGUCAACGUCUCCAUCAUCCUCUUCCUCAACAAGACGGAUCUGCUGGAGGAGAAGGUGAAGCUCGUGCCCCUAAAGGACUAUUUCCCAGAAUACAACGGGCCCGAGCACAGCCUGCCCGAUGUCCAGAGCUUCAUGGUGGACUGUUUCAGAGCCAAACGCCGCGAUGCCACCCAGAAACCACUGUACCACCACUUCACCACCGCCAUCAACACCGAAAACAUCCGCCUCGUGUUCAGAGACGUCAAGGACACGAUUCUGCACGAUAAUCUCAAACAACUCAUGUUGCAAUGACCGGCGGGGGCCAGCAGGGGCAGCAGAGAGGCGGUAGAGAAAAAGGGGGUGUGGCAGGUGAGGAGAGAGAGGAGGAGGGAGGUCAGGGGUCAAUGAGAGAGAGGGGGAGGAGUUUGUGUGGUUGGUUUUAUAAAGUUAGUAGGCUCAAAUGGAUAAUGGACUGUGAAAGAAUAAGACCAGGUCUAAACCGGGUCUGAACUGGGUCUGAUCCAGGUCUAAACCAGGACUAAACUAGGGCUAAACCAGGUCUAAACCAGGUCUAAACCAGGUCAUGGAGAUUCAAUAAAAGACAUUACUACCUAAAUAUGUUCAUUUCAAUUUAGUAAAAAUGCUUUUAGCCUGUUUGAGCAACUAGAAGUGGGUCUAAACCAGGUCUAAACUGGAUCUGAACCGGGUCUAAACUGGGUCUAAGCUGGGUGUAAAUUGAGUCUAAACCGAGGCUUAAUUUCAUCCAUGAAAUUGGUCAGUGAAGAAUUAUUAUAUUUAUUUAAACCUGAAAGAGAAAAGGAAAUUACUGGAUAUAAUGAGAGUUUUUUGAAAAGUCUCGUCUUUGUAAAGGCAGAUAUUUUCACUGUGCUCGUCCAGUGCUGUCAUUUCGACGUCGUUGUUGUUGAAACUUGUAAAACCAAGUGAUGAAAAGAUGAUGCAGAUUCUAGUUUAGCAAAAUGACAGAGGUCUAGGGCUCGAGGCCGGGACCAGGACUAGACCCGGACUAGACUCGGUUACAGUUGCAGACUCGGUGCCUAAACGUCGCCUACUUAACUUUAUAACUGAAUCAUUUUGAAAAACCACACAAACGCGUCCCUCUCUCCAUUGACCUCUACUGAAACUCUCCUCUGGCUUUUUGGAGCUUUGCCUUUGCCUUCCUACAGGAUCCUUUUGGGGACAAACCAGGCCGUUUAUAACAGACUUGAGACCAGCCCGAUGAAUAACUCCAUGUUUUUAUGUAGUUUUUACUUAGCUUAACAGGGGCUAAACUCACAAGCAACAGAGUGAACCAGGAGCCAGCGCUGAACGAAACUAAAUAAUGGCAUUUUAAACAGGAAAUUACAAUAUUUUACAGGUUUACGUAAAGACUUUUUCAGCUUUCUACAGUGUUAUAGCGUUGUUCCCUCAUCAAAAACAUGUCUGAAGAGAUUUUACAGCCAUCCAUGCAUGUUUGAGUCAUCUAGCGAUCUCUCCCAGGGCCUAUUCGAAGCCUCUUUACGGUCAAAUGUAAGACGUCAGUACAAGGCUCCGCCCACAAGCCUACAUCACCCACAACAAUUCUCCAUAAAUAUACAAAAACAUUACACGUAACUGUACACAACAACUCAAAGUUUAAACUUGACCACAGCGCUGGCUCCUCGUUUUGGAAAAAAAAAAAAAAAGGAUUGAAAUUAUUUAUAAUAGUCUUAAAUGAGCAGUUUAUAACCACUAAUUCUCCCUUAACGCUCAUGUCCUGUAGAAGAGACAGCUGGGUUUCCUUCACUGCCGUUUGUGGAUCAUUACGACUUAAAGGGCCUUAAACUGCCAUUUUCUGAUCGAUGUUAGAACGUUUCCUCAUCGCAAACACACACCUGGAGCUGUGUUUUGUUAAGUUUUGAUGAUUUCAGCCUUUAUUUCAGCUCAACCACUGCCUUUUACCUUUUUGUUUGGUAGAGAAAACGUGAAAACUACCGCUUCAUGACAUCAUAAAGUGGAUCAGAGCAUUUUGAGCUUUAGAGAUGUGAACACGCAUAAUAAAGUCGCUCAAACGUGUGCGAAUGGGACAAAACGCAGCUCCAGGUCUGUUUUUUGAGGAGGAAACAUCAUAACUUCGUAUUAUUUGUGUAAUAUAGGACCUUUUUAAAUAAUAUUUUUAAUUAACUGUCAUGUACAAAUGCCUUAAGACGAGUCCAGUCGGCCAUUUUGACGUCGACGAGCCUUAGUCCUUACGCACUAUACGAGUUCUCAUUAGAAAGUCGGUUCAUUUCAGUCUUUGUCAGUUGUUCUGGACGUGUUUAAAUUGUGAGCUCUGAACAGAAUCCUUUUAUUAACACGUAAACGUAAUCGCGAUCUCAAAGCUUGGACGCAAAAUCUCAUCGGGAUGUUUUUCACGCAUCGUUAAGCCACGUUUUUAUUCACUGCAAACGCCUCACGUUGAAUCUACGAGCCUUAAAAAUAUGUUCCAUUUGAAGUUGAUGUUCUCAUGUUAAUACACAAAAUAACGCACCAAAGUUUGCCUUAAAAUGCCUUAUCUUUCAAUUAAAAUAUGCAACAAUUUAGAGAAUAAACGGACAAUUUUACAGCUUUUCACCCUUUUAACAAAAUCAAACUGAAAUCUAAAUCUCAACAAAAAAAGGACCAAACUUGUAGCUUUGUAACUUUGGCUCGAAGUCACGAAGCCACUACUAAACCAGGACUAAACCAGGACUAAACCAGGACUAAACCAGGACUAAACCAGGACUAAACCAGGACUAAACCAGGACUAAACCAGGACUUAAACCAGUCCCAGCCAGCACCAGAAUGUAAACUCAGAUUUAACCAGGACUAAACCAGGACUAAACGUAAAAAAAAAAGUAAAGUAAAUCCGAGUCUAAACUAAUUCUUAACCCAAACCGAACCAGAACCUGAGACUAAACAAGAACCAAACUGAGACUAAACCAGGUCUGAACCCAGUCCCAGCCAGCACCAGAAUGUAAACAGUGACUUGACUAGGACUAAACCAGGACUAAACUUGGAUAAAAUCAAGUUUAAAGUGGACUAAGGACUGGACUCAUUCCCAACCAGUAUCUAGACAACCAGAGGAUAAACUUGGGCUAAACUUGGGCUAAACUUGGGCUAAACUUGGGCUAAACUUGGGCUAAACUUGGGCUAAACUUGGGCUAAACUUGGGCUAAACUUGGGCUAAACUUGGGCUAAACUUGGGCUAAACUUGGGCUAAACUUGGGCUAAACUUGGACUAAACUUGGACUAAACUUGGACUAAACUUGGACUAAAUCAAGUUUAAAGUAGACCCGGGACUAUACUAAGGACUGGACCGGGGACUGGACAGGUAUCUAGACAAACAGGGUCUAAACUAGGACUAAACCAGGACUAAACUAGAAUCUUGCUACAACUUCUUCAGUCCUAAACCUUUAACCUACAGCCACUUCGUCCUCUAUAAUCCAAAUUUUAGUUUCAAAUCUUACAUUUUCAGAUAUUCACCUGAAACCCAGCUGUCCUUUCUGACGCUCCCUCACGCCUUUGUACCGUUUAUAUUAAUAUCACUUUUAUUUAACCACGUUUUGUGCAGAACCACUGUUAGCUGUGCCAUAAUUUCAGUUAUCUCUCAGGGUUGACUCCACUUAUUCGUAAUUAAUAUUUUAGUGUUUUCUUGUUCAUAAUUCGACUUUUAGCUGUGAUACCGGCCCCACAGCUCGUCUCUGAAAUCGGCUGGUACUUUGGCAUUCACCCGAAACUUUGCCCCCUUUAAAAAUAUUGUUUUGUUUUUUUUUCCUGAUUUUUAGCGUCUUUUUAAAGGGACACUCCCAGUUUUUGCCUUAAUAAUGAAUGUCUGUUUAUAGAUGUACAGAUUGUAGAUUGAAAAAUACUGUAUCCAGCAAAAGUUUUGGCGAAAUCUUUUGGUCACGUUUAUACCAAGCAUUACGGUACUAAGUGAUUUACGGUUUGUUUUUGCAAAAAUUUAAUUCUUUCAGCAAUUUUCAUUCAUUUUUUACAAUAUUUUCCUUGGCGUUCAUUGACAAAACUUUAAAUAAUCUGCAUUUUUUGCCAUAUUUUCUUAAAAAUCCUUAAAGAGGCGGCAUUAGGUAUAUUUUUUAAUCUUUCUUCCAUGUUCUAACAUUGUCCCCCUCAUCAAAAACACGCCUGAAGAGGUUUUAAAUGUCAUCCAUGCAUGUUUGAGUCAUCUAGCGAUCUCUCCCAGACCCUAUUCAAACCCUCCUUACGGUUAGCAGUACGAUUCUGUACAAGGCUCCGCCCACAAGCCUCCAUCAGUCUAAUCCCCCGUCUUUAACUUGUCUAAACUCUCCAAAACUCAAACGAUUUUUCUAAUUUUUUUCAUUCAACCAACAAAAAUGACACAUUUUUGUUUUGAUUUUAAAAUGUUCGUCAUAUUUCUUUUCUUUAAUUGUGAUUUUGAAGGUUGAGGGUUAAAUUCUUCACAAACAGCCUUAAAGAAACUGCUCGUUAGUCUUGUAUCCAAAUAGAAACAAUGCACCAGGGAGGGCAUCCAGCUUAAAAUCUAUACCAACGUCACUAGAUCUGCUCUUUAUUUUAGUGAUUCCAGAUCUAAACCAGACUGCUUAUAUGUAAAUCUUACUCAAACUAGUCGCCAUAGUUUUAAUGACUUUUGUGAAUAUAAUUUCCCUGUUUUAAUGUCGCCGUAAUGCUUGGUCUAAACGGGCAGGUUAAAUCUUGUGCUGAAUUCUUGAAACAAAAUGUCUUCCACUGUAUCGUGUCACGUCAUAGGCCAACGUUUAACCACUUUUAGCCUGAACGCAAAUCACGUUUAAAAGAAUCCCUGAGUGUUUGGUCAAAUUUAAGCUGAGAGAUGCAAGAAAAAAUGUAGUUUGUUAUGGUAAAGACUUACAAGGGCUAAACCGGGGCUAAACCGGGACCAAAGUCCAGUCAAAAGUAGGAUCAAGGACUAAACUAGUUCUCAAUCUAGUCCAAACCAGUGCAGUAACCAACUAACCAAGAACUAAACCAGGUCUAAACAAGGACCAAACUGGGACUAAACAGGUCUUAACCCAGUCCAAGCCAGUACCAGGAUGUAAACUUGGACUUAACUAGGACCAAACCAGGUCUAAACUAGUUCACAACACAGUUCAAACCAGUCAAGUCCCAUAACCAGGGACUACACGAGAUCUUAACCAGGUCUGAACUCGGAUAAAAUCAAGUCUACAGGAAACUGGGGACCCGGACCAGACGGACCCGGACCAGACGGACCCGGACCAGACGGACCCGGACCAGACGGACCCGGACCAGACGGACCCGGACCAGACGGACCCGGACCAGACGGACCGGGGACUAGACCCAUUCCCAAACUGUAUCUAGACCAGGACUAAACUAGGACUAAACAAGUUCUUACCACAAUUUUAAACAGAACUGUGCCGGAAACUCACCAGAAUCUUGGACCAAACCAGGUCUACUCAAUGAAACCUUCUGCCUUUAAAAGAUAAAUUCACUUUUUAGAAAUCUCCUCGUUUUAAUUUGGCCAAACACGGUCCCGUUUGAGGUCAGGACUGUUCCCUUCACAAUAAAAGCCUCUCUUGUACAUACUGUAGCUGUUGGCGGUGUAAAUACCAGGGUUAUCGCUUAUGUAAAUGGUUGUAGAAAUGGCAUAUUAUUUCCGUCUUUUUUGUUUUUCUUGAAUCAUUUUUUGUUUUUUUUCCCAAUGAAAAUAAUCAUCGCUGUAGAUUUAUUUUUAUGUAAUUUUCGUUUUCAAACACUCUUAUUUUGAAAUUCAUUCCUGUGUCAAACUCAUGCCACUGUAACCUAUCAAUAAAUACACUUUUCUAAUGA